AUGUUUUUGAGGCAAUGGUUAUUAGCAAAAAUUCCUAAGAAUCUCGAAUCUGCAGAUGCUUGGCUUACAGCAAACCAUCUGCUGCCAGUGUUCUCUAGGGUUGGUAUGAUUCGGGUGGUUAAGUGGUUAGCUCCUCCAAAGGGGUGUCUCAAGCUCAAUAUUGAUGCGUCCUUCUCUUCCAAAUUCAAGCGUGGUGCUGCAAUUCUUCGUGACGAGGAGGGAAGAUUCAUUCGCGCAGCCUCCUUCCAAGUCGCAUGCUCUUCCCCAUAUCAGGCAGAGCUUGAUGCUUCCAUCAAGGGUAUUAAAUGGGCUCUUACCUUUCAUCCUCUACUGGUGUAUGAAACGGAUGCUUUGGAGAUUUUGAGAAGACUCGGAAACUAUUCUCAUUUCACUCAUUCUCCAUUUCCCAUCGACAUCUUGGCCACACUUAUUUUUGAGAAUGACAUUUUGAAGUCGCAUACCCUUCGUGAGGUAACCAUCCUGUAGAUCUUUUAACUAAGGAGGACAGAGAUAAAGAUUGUCCUUUUAUUGAUUAUUGUAAUUUUAAUGAGUGUCCUUCGUCUGUAAUGGCCUCUCUUAAGAAUGAGCGCAUUCCUUCUUUUCGUUUUCAUUAAUAAAAUCAUUCUUUUCUGCUUAAAAAAAUGUAAUCAUCAAUAACCUUUAAAGACAUCU